AGAGCGGUGCGUACUUCCGGCUGCCGGGUUGACAUGAAGAAGCAGCGGCGACCAGGACGGCAGUAGCGGCGGGAGUCGAGGCUUGCCGCGGGGCUCGGAGCUGAGAGCGCGGCGUGGCCUAGAGCGGCAGACCGUGCAGUGGGCCCAAGAGGAGGCGCAGCAGCCGCCCUGGCCCGUCAUGGAGAUGGAAAAGGAGUUCGAACAGAUCGACAAGGCCGGGAGCUGGGCGGCCAUUUACCAGGAUAUCCGACACGAAGCCAGUGAUUUCCCAUGUAGAGUGGCCAAGCUUCCUAAGAACAAAAACCGAAACAGGUACAGAGAUGUCAGUCCCUUUGACCACAGUCGGAUUAAACUACAUCAAGAAGAUAAUGACUACAUCAAUGCCAGUUUGAUAAAGAUGGACGAAGCCCAAAGGAGUUACAUUCUUACGCAGGGCCCUUUGCCUAACACGUGUGGUCACUUUUGGGAGAUGGUGUGGGAGCAGAAAAGCAGGGGCGUGGUCAUGCUCAACAGAGUGAUGGAGAAAGGCUCGUUAAAAUGUGCGCAGUACUGGCCCCAGAAAGAAGAAAAAGAAAUGAUCUUCGAAGACACAAAUUUGAAACUAACCUUGAUCUCUGAAGAUAUUAAGUCGUAUUACACAGUGCGGCAGCUAGAAUUGGAAAACCUUACAUCUCAAGAAACUCGAGAGAUCCUACAUUUCCACUAUACCACGUGGCCUGACUUUGGCGUCCCAGAAUCGCCAGCUUCGUUCCUGAACUUCCUUUUUAAAGUCCGCGAGUCAGGGUCACUCAGCACGGAGCAUGGCCCUAUCGUGGUGCACUGUAGUGCGGGCAUCGGCAGGUCGGGGACCUUCUGUCUGGCUGACACCUGCCUCCUGCUGAUGGACAAGAGGAAAGAUCCUUCUUCUGUUGAUAUCAAGAAAGUUCUGUUAGAAAUGAGGAAAUUUCGGAUGGGACUGAUCCAGACAGCAGACCAGCUCCGUUUCUCCUACCUAGCUGUGAUCGAAGGUGCCAAGUUCAUCAUGGGAGACUCUUCAGUACAGGAGCAAUGGAAGGAGCUCUCCCACGAGGACCUGGAGCCCCCACCCGAACACGUCCCCCCUCCUCCCCGGCCGCCCAAACGAAUCCUGGAGCCACACAAUGGGAAGUGCAAGGAAUUCUUCCCAAACCACCAGUGGGUAAAGGACGAAACCGGGGAGGAUAAAGAAGACUGCCCCAUCAAGGAAGAAACCAGAACCCCCUUAAACGUCCCUUGCAGCGUGGAAAGCACGAGUCCAGACACUGAAGUCAGAAGGCGGGUCAUGGGGGCAGGUCCUGCCCAGGGGGAGCCAUCACCGCCCAAGGAGGAGCAGGACCAGGCGCUGACUCCCUGGAAGCCCUUCCUGGUCAACAUGUGCAUGGCCACGGUCCUCACGGCCGGCGCGUACCUCUGCUACAGGUUCCUGUUCAGCAGCAGCACAUAAUCUCCUCCACUCCACCUCCACCCCACUGUCCGCCUCCGUGCGUAGAGCCCGCGCCCGCCUAGCAGGCACGCCGUGGUAGGUAAGGGCCGAGGACAGUGUAGCCGGCCGUGACCUGGACGGACGUUUGUUCUGCACUAAAACCACCCUCCCCGGGCUGUUGGUCUUACCCCUUUUGACGGUGUCCCCCCUCCCUUUCCUUCGAGCACCAAAUCCGCAACCCCUUUUUUUUGAGGAGAACGAAGGAGAGUACGGGGCUGGUGGCCUGUGCGGAUCGCGAGGCUCGCCCUGCCCGGUGCGUGCUCUCGGCGUGGCCGGCACGUCCGGGUGGGCAGGCAUACGCUGUCCUCCCGCGGACCUCUGCGGAGACUCCACUCCGUAUUUAUUGUUUGUUUUUUUCCCCAAAGGCGUCCGUAGUGCACUAGCAUUUUCUUAAACCAAUAAUGUAUUAAGAACUUUUGAUGUCAGCCUUGCAUCAAGGGCUUUAUCAAAAAGUACAAUAAUGAACCCUCAGGUAGUGCUGGGAACGUUAGAUUUUGCCAUGAGCCUGCUGCGUCAGACCAGUACUAGGAAGGAGGACGGUUGUAAGCAGUCGUAUUUCGUGGCAUUGUGGGUAACGUGAGAAGAGGUUUGGCAUAUGUUUAUAGGACAUGGGAUAAUAUAUAACGAACACUUGGAUAUUUAAGAUACGUGGUGUGAGAUUACUUUGUCCCAGUUACCCCCUCCCAGUUAUCUGCUAGAACCUUGUCCUCAAUCACUGCUUUCCCUGUGUGUAUUAGAAUAUGCAUGUAUGGUCGUCUUGUGUCCUGAUCCAGUACCACGUGCUUGAAAUACUUAGCUCUCUGCUUAUUAAUGUGCCCCGUGUACAAGUCCAGUCUACCUUUGCAUGACCUGAUCAUUACGUGGCUGUGGUUCCUAAGGCUGUUG